UAUUAACUGGUUCACUGCACAAAAACUGGUGCCCUUGGUUUGUUGAAUCGUGGCAGGAUAUUUUAAACCACAAGUUUUUUUACUUAUGCAAAUUUUCUCAUUGUUAUGGUGUACAGGAGAAACAAGAUGGAGUCGUUCUUUUCAAAGUCGGUAAAAAUAGCGUCUGUCGUUGCUGCGUACUGGGUCAUUUCCAUUUCCAUGGUUUUUCUCAACAAAUAUUUACUGAGCAGCAAAGAUUUAAAGUUGAAUGCGCCUCUGUUCAUCACAUGGUACCAGUGUGUAGUGACUGUAGGACUCUGUUGCCUGCUGAGUGGACUCUCCAAAGCUUUCCCAAAUCACAUAGCCUUCCCAUCCAUUCAGAUUGACACACAAGUCCUGAAGGGGGUGCUGCCGUUAUCUAUAGUUUUUUGCUGUAUGAUAUCGUUUAACAACCUGUGUUUGAAGUACGUGGGAGUGGCAUUCUACUAUAUAGGACGUUCCUUAACUACAGUAUUCAAUGUGGUGUUUUCCUACACGAUGCUACAACAGACGACCUCUGUCAAGGCCAUUGUAUGCUGUCUGAUCAUCAUUGGAGGCUUUUUCAUGGGAGUGGAUCAAGAAGGAGUGGCAGGGUCCCUGUCUGUGAUGGGGGUGGUGUUUGGGGUCUUGGCGAGCGCCAGUGUGGCCUUGAACUCUAUUUACACAAAGAAAGUCCUGCCCGUGGUGGACAACAACAUCUGGAGACUGACCUUCUACAACAACGUCAACGCCUGCUUCCUCUUCCUCCCACUCAUGCUGGUGUUCGGCGAAAUCGGAGAAGUCUGGAAUUUCCCAAAACUGGGGAACACAACGUUCUGGACCUACAUGACGAUAGGAGGAGUGUUCGGAUUCGCUAUCGGAUACAUAACUGGAUUACAGAUCCAGGUGACCUCUCCUCUCACCCACAACAUAUCGGGGACAGCUAAAGCCUGCGCUCAGACCGUGAUAGCGUGUAUAUACUACCAGGAUCACAAAUCAACGCUUUGGUGGACCAGUAACUUUGUCGUGUUAUUCGGGUCCGGGGCGUACACCGAAGUACGGAGGCAGGAAAUGAAGGUUAAACAUAAAAUGGACAUGGCUCAGAUAUCAGAAAAAAUGGAGGAGGGUGAGGACUCCUCGGAGAAGGAACUCAUAUCCAAGUGAUUAACUUAGAACUUAACAAAUAGGAAUCAAUUUUUAUCUUUUUUGUUUCUUUCACGCAGAGGGAAGUAAGUUUAGUGUGUCACAAGGAUUCUCAUUAUAUAUUCAUUUUGAAAUACAUGUACAUGGAUUUAUUUUGAAGGUAAACACUUUUUAGAUAUGACAUGCUAAAAUAUAAACCUGUUAAAAAAAACCGAAUGUUUUUUUUUUAAUAGAAUUAGAUAUCUGUUUACAGGCAAAAAUAUAAACCUGUUAAUGAAACCAAAUUUUUUUUAUAGAAUUAAAUAUUAUCUGAGUUUCUGUUAUUGUUUGCUGGGGUAUAAUGUUGUUUUCCGAGUUAAGUUAGAGAGCUCAAUUUGUGAUGGUCAGUGUAAUUGACAAAUUCAGUUUUGUUUUAUAACUUAAGUCCUGGAUAAAAUUUGAUAAAUUAGCAUUUUAUCUUUAAUCAGAAUUGGAAUAUCAGUUACAACCAGGACCUAGUUUUUGAUAAGAAUUUGUUACAUACAUUUGUUUCAAAUGUACUCCUUUUCGUUAUGAAAUCCAUUUUCCUUUCUCUGUAAAAAGCUUAAUUAGUCCCCAUUACAUUCCACGAAGGGCUUUCAUUAAUUAACUGCCAAGCAGGUAUCCCAGGUGUAUGUUUCUCAUUACACAUUUUACUAUGAUAUUCAGUUUCACACAAAGAAAUCAAACAUUUUGGAUUUGUUUACACUCAGAUUUUGUUGACUGUAGUUAACCCUAAACAGCUUAACAGACUCUUCCUACUUCUUUCAAUCAUUAGAAAGUAAGCUAUGUCACUAAAUAUUCCAUUU